ACCAAAUAAACAUGGCCGCCUCCCCGCCGUCAGACGUGUGUGUGAAAAAUACGGUCGAAGAAAUGAAUUCUGCAAUGGAAACGGAGGAGUGCUCGGCCACGGAGAAUGGAGGGGAACCCGAAAAGAAGGACGUACACGACACUGAACCAGAAACAAAAGACACUUUUAAGAAACCGGCUCUUUUCGCAGCACCUUCUCUCGCCAGCAAACGCAGUAGCGUCGCUGCUCCGUCCAAACCAACAGCAGCCGAAAUAAAUAGUGUGACAGAAAACAACAAAGCUGAAGUGGCGGACACUACGAGUGGGGAUUCUUCGGGUCCUGUAAUUGAAAACAAAACCACCGAAAAAGGUCAAGAAGAGGACAAAAAGGGCAGUAAAGACAAAAAUGCGGCUCCUGUCAAAACCAAGCCAGAAGCUAAACCCAGGGCGCUUCCUACCAAAGGGCCCCCGGCUGGUAAAUUCCCCCCUCUCCCUUAUACAGAGCCGCACUGGGGUGGCAAGGCUCCAGAGAUCCCCUAUGCUCUGGAAAUCCUUAAAAACGGCACCAUAGUGGACACAGUACCCCUCACACAGAGCUACUUCGUGGUUGGACGUUUACCCGUGUGUGAUGUCUCUUUGGAGCAUCCCUCCAUCUCCAGGUACCAUGCAGUGAUUCAGUACCGCAGACAGGCUGGAGAGGGAGAGUCUGUCGGAGAAGAGAGAGGGUUUUACGUCCAUGACCUGGGCAGCACACACGGCACCGUGGUGAACAAGAACAAGAUUCCCCCGAAGACUUACAUCAGACUCCGUGUGGGACAUGUCUUAAAGUUUGGUGGGAGCACAAGGCUUUUUAUCCUGCAGGGUCCAGAGUUUGAUGAGGAAGAGGAGUCUGAGCUAACAGUGACAGAGCUGAGGGAGCGAGCCCAAAAACAGAAGGCAGAGCUGGAGAGGAGGAUGCUGGGAGAUGGUUCUGAUGAUGAUGAGCAGGACAAGGAGGAAGACGGGGAAGGCGAAAGCCACAAGAGCCAGAGCAAACAGUCAAAUGAAGACUCGGGCUGUUCAUGGGGAAUGGCUGAGGAGGCCGUUCCAGAGGAAGACGAGAACGAGGAAAACCCUUUUUCGACAGAGUUCCACGAGGACCAGGAAGCUGCCUACCUGAAAGACCCAAAGAAGGCUUUGCAGGGCUUCUAUGACAGGGAAGGAGAGGAGCUGGAGUUUGAGUAUGAAGACAAAAGCCAUGGCAGCUGGCUCUGCAGAAUAAAGCUUCCGGUGGAUGACGCCAUGGGCCGGCAGCUGGUUGCUGAGGUGGCCCACACAGGGAAGAAGAAAGAAGCAGCCAUCCAGUGCUGCCUGGAGGCGUGUCGAAUGCUGGAAGCCAGAGGGCUGCUGCGCCAGGAAGCAGUGUCCCGUAAGCGCAAGAAAAAGAACUGGGAAGACGAGGACUACUACGACAGUGAUGAUGACACCUUCCUGGAUAGAACCGGCGCUGUGGAGAAGAAGAGGCAGGAGAGAAUGAAAAGGGCGGGAAAGAUUGAGGAGCGGCCUGAGACCUAUGAAUCAUUGGUGGCCAAACUGUCAGAGGUGGAGAAGGAGCUGGCAGAGACUCAGAAAAAGCUCAGUGCUGGUAGGGGAGACUCCUCCGGCUCUUCCACCGAGGACCCGCUGGAUGCCUUCAUGAGUGCAGUGCGAAGCGAGGCAGCGAUGGACGCUGUGGAGCGCAGGAAGCUUCACAUGCACGUCGCCGACUUGCGCAAAGACGCUCAGAGGCUCAACAAACUAGUCGAACUCACGCGACCCACCCAGAUGCCCUCGUUGCUGCCGAGUGGUAGCUCAGAGCCAGAGAAGCCUAAAAAGACCUUACCACUGUUUGGAGCCAUGAAGGGAGGAAGCAAGUACAAACUGAAGACUGGUGCCAUCGGGAAGUUGCCUCCUAAGCGCCCCAACUUGCCUGCAGAGCUCUUCAACAUGAAAGAACUUCCACUUGGUGGAGAGGAAGAGGAGGAAGAGGAGGAGGAGGAGGAGGAGGCAGGGAAAAAUGAGGAUAAUGAUGAUGAAGAGUGUGCAGCUAUUACUGAGACUAACGUUGACCUCGAAGAGUCCAGUGCAUCCGUGUCUCAAGAGAACACUCCCUCACGGCGGCAGAGACCGCAACCAGCACAGUCCCGAGAGCCAAAAGCGGAGCAAAGCGGUGAGGAGGAGGAGCAGGUUCCUCAGCGCAGCAGCAACAAGGCUGUGGCCCCAUCCGGUCCAGCAGAAGGCGACAGUGAGCGAGCAGCAGAGCCCAGCCCCAGAAAGAAUGUGAAGAAGAAAAUGAUGGGCCCCAGCAAGCCACCAGUGCAGCUCUCAGGACAGUAUCCAGAGGACGACCCUGAUUAUUGUGUCUGGGUGCCUCCUUCAGGUCAGACUGGAGAUGGCCGCACACACCUAAACGACAAGUACGGCUACUGAGAGAAACAUAGGCGAGAGCUCUUGUGUCGCCACUCCACCAGCUUUUAUACGGCAGAUAAUACCUGCAACACAAAGCCUCCAGUCUCCUUAGCUCUGACCAUUAACCCCCUCCGCCCAAUCCAGUCCCUGUGUGUGGUUCAGCUUAGAAGAGCCUGAAAAAAAAAAUGGGAGCCUGUGAGAGACCGGGGACUUGCAACAGCAAAGGACAAGCAAAGAUAAUAAUGCUGCACCUUUUUAUUUAUCUUUUGGGGAUAUUUCCAUUCUCAGACUGCCAUAAACAAAAAGCACCAUUCCAAUUCACAUUAAACUGGCAUGCUUGGGGAAUUGCCCCCCCCGAGCAGACACUGGGCGUGCAGCCUGCUGGCACUUUUCACCCCUGACAAUAAUAGAGAUGGGUAGCACUUUGAAUUUUGUUCUUUUAUUUGUAUUGUAUAUCAUCCAAGCAGAAAAUAGAAAGGGACAGAGCAGGAGCAGUAACUGAUCUGAAUUCAGCUUUCUGGUCUUUGGCUGCUCCUCUUGCAGUUAAAUCCACCUGACAUCCACUCUGUAUCCCUACCCUAUUUGGCUUCAGUCGAUCGCUGGCAUAACCUUUUUUUUUUUUUUUUCCUUCUUCUUCAAACGAGAGUGUGUGGCAAGAAGGGAGAAAGAGGGAGAGCACUGAAGCAGCUUUUCUGACCAUCUGGACACUUGGAUGGCUUACUGAAUGAAACGCAAGCUGAUAAUGACUCAAGCUAAGUGGAGUGUGUGUGUGUGUGUGUGUGUGUGUGUGUGUGUGUGUGUGUGUGUGUGUGUGUGUGUGUGUGUGUGUGUGUCAGGGUCUACACCAACACACACAUAGUCCAACCUUCUCAAAGUUCUCUUUUUAACAAGAUUGUCUUGAUGAGCGAGUCAGCUAUUGGUGUGCGUUCGCCUAGAGCAGGAUUCCUCGCUCUGUGAAAUUCCACUCAGUGCUCUCCUGUUGGUUUUCUGCCAUACUUUCCACCCUCCUUUCCUGUCGUCUUUUCUCAAAACACAAAGUAAAGAAAUGUAAACUGUAUUUUGUUAUAUAAAUGUAUAAUAAAACUGCCUGUACAUAA